GUAAAGAGGGAAGCAGGGGAAUGUUCCAUUUCAUUAGAGCUGAUCUCACUGUUCAGUAUGGGCGUGGAGCAGCAUUCAGCAAUCAUUUUGCUAAAGAGACAUUUCCAGGCAUGCCGAGCUAAGAUGCAUGCGCGACGACAUCGUCCAUUUAAAGCCUGAUUGUUGCGGAUGUUUUUUUUUUUUUUAAGGAUAGUGCAAUUGCGCUCACAUGCGCGUUUUAAAGUGAACGCCGCGUAUGAGCGCGUGAUUGAUUAUGUUGUGUGCUGCUGGAGAACAGGGUGGUCUGUUCCUCACACUUCACCGCUCGCUGUCGUGUUUCUGUCGGGUUAAAUACUGCUGCUCUCCCCGAGUCCUCUUCCUUCAUUAAAAUAAAUACGACACUUGAGAUUGACACUGCAUUAUCAACCGUAGCAGCACUGCGACAUGUGAGAGGAGAUUAGAUAUACUGUGACUGAUGCCUGUAGGUCAGUCCGAAACAGCACAGAUAUACGUGUGAUAAUUUAAACCCAAUGCUAUGGAGCCUAAAAAUGAGUCCUACCCCUCAUCGAUGCCCAACUCACAGUGUGAACUUCAGGUGAAUAUCUAUGAGACUAUCAGUGAAGGAAAUGUAAAUAAAUUGGAGAGUUCGGCCCUGAUUCGCGCUGGCAGUGACCCAAGCUCAUACCCAUCCAAACCCCUGCCGGGUAUCCGGAACAGGUUCAUCCGCAGGAGCCUUUGGUUUACAGAUAACGAUGAGCAUCAGUUGGAGGACUGCACUCUGGAAUGUGAUGAGCGCAAUAAAAUGCUUAGCAUUGACCUAAGGACCAUAGUGGACCGGAGUUUGGGGGUCCGAUCCACCUUACAAGAAGGAUCAAGCACUGAGAGCCAAAAAGGUCAAAAAGACCCAGACAGCACCAGCGCAGAUGAGGAAAAAGAGAAAAUCAACCCAAAAACUGACUUGGUGGGUGGCAUUAAGACCACCAUCAAAACAGCCAGUGAGGAGAAUGAGGAGGAGGCUGAGAUCAAGGCUGUCGCUACCUCUCCAGGUGGACGCUUUCUCAAGUUUGACAUUGAGAUUGGUCGUGGUUCCUUCAAGACGGUCUACAAGGGCCUGGACACAGACACGUGGGUGGAGGUGGCCUGGUGUGAACUUCAGGACCGGAAGCUGUCAAAGGUGGAGAGGCAAAGGUUUAAAGAGGAGGCAGAGAUGUUAAAGGGUCUUCAGCACCCAAACAUUGUGCGCUUCUAUGACUUUUGGGAGUCUCCACUAAAGGGAAAGAAAUGCAUUGUUCUGGUGACAGAGCUCAUGACAUCAGGCACGCUAAAAACCUAUCUAAAACGCUUUAAGGUGAUGAAACCCAAAGUUUUGAGGAGCUGGUGUCGUCAGAUUCUCAAAGGCCUGCAUUUCCUUCACACACGCACACCUCCCAUCAUCCACCGAGACCUCAAGUGUGACAACAUCUUCAUCACAGGCCCCACAGGCAGUGUAAAGAUUGGAGACCUGGGUCUGGCUACGCUCAAGAGAACCUCCUUUGCUAAGAGUGUGAUUGGUACUCCUGAGUUCAUGGCACCAGAGAUGUACGAAGAGCAUUACGAUGAGUCCGUGGAUGUUUACGCUUUUGGCAUGUGUAUGCUGGAGAUGGCCACUUCUGAAUAUCCUUACUCUGAGUGCCAGAAUGCUGCUCAGAUCUAUCGCAAAGUCACCAGUGGGGUGAAACCUGCUAGUUAUAACAAGGUGAUGGAUCCUGAGGUGAAAGAGAUUAUUGGCGAGUGUAUUUGUCAGAAAAAGGAGGAUCGUUACUCCAUCAAGGACCUUUUGAACCACGCAUUUUUUGCAGAGGACACAGGAGUAAGGGUAGAGUUAGCUGAAGAAGAUGACGGAAGGAAGACAUCCAUUGCACUGAAGCUGUGGGUGGAGGACCCACGGAAGUUGAAGGGAAAGUACAGAGAUGGAGGUGCCAUUGAGUUCACCUUUGACCUGGAGAAGGAGGUUCCUGAGGCUGUGGCACAGGAGAUGGUUGAGUCUGGCUUUUUCCACGAGAGCGAUGCUAAGAUUGUGGGCAAGUCUAUUCGGGACAGGGUGGCUUUGAUCAAGUGGCGUAGGGAGAGGACUGUGCCUAGUGCCUCACAGUGUGGCACUGGCCAGUUGAUGCCAGAUGGGAUAAAACCCAUCCUCUGUGAACCAGCUUGUCUAGCAGAGCCUGAAGACACAGAAGCGGACCAGCAUGCCAGAGUGUGCCAACUUAGUGCCAGGACCACAUCCACCACAUCUGAUAGUGGCAUUGGCUCAACAGUGUACUCGGACUCACACAGCAGCAGUCUGCACAGUGUUAUACAUCAAUCAUUACAAGAAUCUGUCUAUAUGGCAAACCAGGAGUCGGGUAUUUCAAGGCUCCAAAGCCAGGCAGUACCUUCUGCUGUUCCACAUGUGCAGUCCUCUCAGAGUUACUCUCCUCUUCCCUCAGAGACCUCCACACAGCCUUGCUGUAUGCCCCCUGGCCAACUUGUAAAUAUACAAGGUCUAUCCACAGCAACUGCAGUGAUGACUACCCAGAACCUCACAUCGACAAGUCAGACUCAAGAGUCAACCACACAGAUAAAUGCACAACAUGCAUUGUCCUAUCAGCAUGCAUCUAUGCCACAGAGUGGCACUACUCAGAAUUAUCAACUUGAUAUAGCAGAGGUAGUCAAUCCACAAACAUUUUUACCUGGGCAGAAAACUGUAGCUGCACAACAGGUUACAGCUACGGACAGUUUGCCAUCUAAAACGGAUGUAUUGCUGACUACUGAUUUCCAGAGUGGAGCAUUCAUACCACCAGCACAGCCUCAACAGAUACCUGUGUUACAACAUUUACAGAGCAAACCUACAGAUGUGACAGAUAAGCACCUCUCAGAUGUUUCAAAUAUGCAACAAUCUGGUCCUGUACAGCUAAACCAGACAGGUGUUACAGCACUUCCCCAACAGAACUGUUUACUGAUGGACAGCUGGCAACAAGCAGUACAGUCUUCAUGUAGUCUGCCAGCACCCACACAACAGCCGCCAGUUUAUCUUUCACAGUCAUCUCUCACUCCACUAUUACCAUCUACCAGCCUGUCAGUCUCAAGCUAUCCUGACAUCUCGCAACUGCCAUGUUCACAGGUUGAGACCUCUCUACUAACACAGUUCCCAGGCUACCCUGUUGCUCAGCAACCCACUGUAAACUGCAUGACCCAGCAUCCUCACAGUCAGGCCAUAGACACAUUGCACCAAAGCCUCCACCCUUUCCAAAAUCCUGCCUCUAUGUCUGUUGGUGCUCCUUCUGCUUCACAAGCUCCACCCCCACAGGGGACCUCGUCCGUCAAGCACCAGACUGUUUAUGUUGACCGAAAUAUUUCAAAUGGCUCGGAUCAUGGUGAUGCAUCUCAUAUGAUGCCACACUUUACUUCAGCUGCCCUCCAAAACUCUGCUGCACCUCAGCAGCCCACAAAACUGCAUUUCCAGCCCAUUAGACCCAUCGUAGACAGAUUCUGUCCAGCAGAACCUCUGGACCUGAACCAGGUUCUUCAGCAUGCAAGCCUCGUGCCUGUGCCUGUACUUAAUGUACAAUAUUCUGGUGCCGGUGCCAUCCUGAGUCAGCAAAACCAGCCGAGCAGCAGUAUUACUCAACCCCUACAGCUACAUGACACCAGUGAAAUAAAAAUGGCUUCUGAAGUGUCCGCUGAGGAAUUUGCUCCUCCUGAUAAACAAGCACAACCUUCUGGGUCAACUUAUGACAGAGUGAACUCAGAUGCCACAUCCGGUAAAGAGAUGAGUGAUGGGAAUGAAGGCUCAAACAGAGCUCGAAGUGAAUCACGUGUCCGAAAACACCAUAGAAAAUCCUCACACACCCGUUGCCGCCAAGACAAGAACAAACCUAAACUCACCAUGAUUAAAGUGUUUGACACAGGAGACAAGAUGGUGGAGUGCCAACUGGAGACUCAUAACCAUAAGAUGGUGACGUUUAAGUUCGACCUGGAUGGAGAUGCUCCAGAAGAAAUCGCAACCUAUAUGGUUGAGAAUGAGUUUAUUCUGUUGGUGGAGAGGGAGAUGUUCAUUGAGCAGCUGAAGGACAUCAUGGAUAAAGCAGAAGACAUUUUGAGUGAGGAUCCAAAGGGAGAGAAGGGCUCCGUCCAGACGUCACCCCUCCAUCAUACACAUGUCACAAGAGAAUCUGACCCACAGAGAGUAAAGUCUGAGGAAAAACUGUCCAACCUGUUGGUGUAUAAACAGAAUGUGCUUCACACAGGAAAACGCUGGUUCAUCAUUUGUCCUGUGGCUGAGACACCCACACCUGACCAGGAAGAGACAGCCAAGAAUCCAGAAGGAUCCUCCACAUCUCAGACACAAGAUAAUGUCAAUUCAGCAAGUGCAGAAUGCUCGUCAGUGCCACGGCGGUCUCUUACUGGAUGUGCUCAGUCAGUUAAAGGCCCUCAGGCUGCAUGUACAGUGGGUGUUUCUAUGGUUUCUGACAUUCCUUGCUGCCCCAUUGUGCCACCAGUAUCCCUGGAUGUCACUGCUCAGAAAGCAGAUGAGACUCCACAACAGCCAGUAACUCAUAACACCAGCCCCAGCGCAGAGCUACCUAUGAGCCAGACACAGCCAGUGGUACUGCAGCAGCCCUUUGCCACUCCCACUCCACAAUCUUCUGUUAUUAGUGGCCAAUCACAGCCUCAAAGCCCCACCCAUCAGUCCCAACAAGCCAUGCCGUCAACGUCAGGAAGUUCUGCGUCUCAGGUUCUGUCAGGGGGUGGGCCGGGUGAAUCAGAUGGGGAAGGCCCACCACGACUGGAGUUCGCAGAUCGAACUAUAAAGACUCUUGACGAGAAACUCCGUAACCUUUUGUAUCAGGAAUAUCAUCCUUCUCAAAUCACAAGCUCUGCGUCUGACCCACCUGGUUCACCGCCACUGUCAGACAGCCAGGGCAGUGACACUUUAAGAAGAGCAGAAAAACUGCCUCAGAUUCCAGAGAGGUCUGAUAGUUUGGGCACCUUGAGCGACUCUGCUGUUGCCCCCUUUAAAAGAAUUUUUGCCAGAAAAGACACUUCAUGCAGUUCUGAUACACACACAUCCAAGAGCCACUUUCAGAUUGUGCCCACAGAUUUAGAUGUGUCUUCCCAUGUAGAGUUGAGCAAAAAGAGUUGUGGCUUCAGCAGUUUAUAUCAUGGAGGAGAUCAUGUGUUGGAUGUCGAAUCUCCAGCUGACCCCCUGAAAGUGAACAGACAGAGGUCCACAUCAAAAUCACACAGCAACCGAUACUCGGCACCUCCUGACUUGUAUCAGGAGAUGCCUGCUUCUUUUUCAGAGGCUGGACCCACAUCACCUCGUGUUCAGAGCUCAUUGUCAGCUGAUGGGACAGUGCAUCAGGGGUACUCUUUGUCCUCUGACACAGGUGAGGAGGAUCAGACCCAGACUUUAUCCAUUAAACCCUUUUCAUCUGCUCCUGCCCCAUCAGAACACGGUGGCAGUGACUUCAUGAAGCGAGCAGUGGCCUUCCUUCGUCGUUCGGGUAAUAGUAGUAAUGUCCAGAGCUCUGAUUCGCCCAGCUAUCCUCUUGCAAAUGGACACACCCCAACGGUUGGCAGCCAAACCUACUCUGCAUACAUAAGUAGUGAUAAUGACUCUGAACUUGAAGAUGCUGAUAUAAAGCGAGAGCUACAGAAACUAAGAGAGAAGCAUAUGAAGGAAAUCUCAGAGCUGCAGGCUCAUCAGAGAGAAGAAAUCGAGGUUUUGUAUUCUCGGUUAGGUCGGCCUGUUCCACCCAACUUGGGUUUUCUGCACGCAGUGCCCCCUACAGGGCGCCGCCGCAGAGCCUCCAAACACAAGCUAAGAGGAAGUCGACUGCUCAACCCCAUGGUGCAACACCUGAAGAACAAUCGAAACAACAACUCUGGUGAGGCGUGUUCCAGUGUUUCAGCUUCUCCGGUCAAGAGCUCGGUUCUGGAUAAUGGCUCUGUGAGUUCUAGCACACCCACGUUGGGUCCAGUAGCAGAACCACUGGAGCCAGUCCAAACUCAACAGCCCUGCUCACUGAAAGGCUCUCUCUCCUCAGACAACAUCUAUGGUCCCACCACACACACACAAGCCAGACAAGGCUGGACCGUUUACCACCAAACAUCCGAGCGAGUCACCUAUAAAUCUAGUAGCAAACCACGCACUAGAUUCCUCAGUGGACCUGUGUCUUUGUCCAUCUGGUCCACUCUGAAACGACUAUGUCUAGGCAAAGAGCGCAGGUCUCACAAUACUAAUGCUGCUUACAUAACUUCAACCUGCCCACAUUCCAGUCAGCAUUUGCCUCCUGCAUCCACACCCUCUCCAUCCCCUCUGCCAAUCACAAAACUCGUUCAGGCUCAGGCCAACAACAGCAACAAUAAGACCGGUACGUUUACUGAUGACCUGCACAAGCUGGUUGAUGAUUGGGCAAAAGAAACACUUGCCUCUGGCUCUCAGUGCCGCCCCUCUCCGGGUCGGAUCAGACAGCAGAGAUUUCAUCAGAACUUCCAGACCAACCCCACUCCAAUAAGAAGAGUCUCUAAUCAGAUAAGGAGCUCCGUCCCUCAUGCAGGUGUCAAGAUCCAUCUGCCACUCUCCUGUCCACUCACAGCAGCUUUGGGUCCAAUUAUGCCUCAUGGCAUUGCCAGCACUCCAUCACCCAUCUUCCAGCGGGGUAGUUACCUGAUGCCCACCGCCCCCUUCGCUGGCAUGAUGCCAGUCCCUCUGUAUCCAAACCAGUGGUCUACUAUACCCAGUCCAGUUGGCAUGAUCAAUUCAUUGGGCAUGUUUGCCACAGCUGGUUUUGUACCAUACACUGCCAUGGUGAACCCAGCACUUCAGGCUUUUCCUUCGGUGGUAAAAAGCCCAGAUAAAAGCCCCAGUAAAACAAGGACUGCAUGAGAGCGCCACCCUACAUUAAAAUUUUUUUUGUGUAGGGCUAAUCAAUGCACAUGUGCAACCAGAUUAUCACACUAGCCCUAUCACAACUACUUAUUGACACAAACAGGACACUGUCACCUAGCUGCCCUGGAUUGUCUCCCACGUUUACAAAGAUUUUAGCUUCAAGCUGAAACUACAAUGAAAUGUCACAUCCAGGUGUCCUCUUGAUUGUAGCUUGAUUAUUGACACAUGUACGCCAAUAAAUAUAAUGUGUGUGUGUGUGUGUGUGUGUGUGUGUGUGUGUGUGUAUGUGUGUACCUGGUAAUUAUCACGUUGUGGGGACCAAUUGUCGCCACAAAGAUAGGAAUACCAGUGUUUUUGUGACCUUGUGGGGACAUUUUGAUGUCCCCAUGAGGAAACAAGCUUAUAAAUCAAUCAAAAUGAUGUUUCUUGAAAAUGUGAAGAAGUAAAAGGGUUUCUGUGAUGGUUGGGGUUAGGGAAUGGGGUAGGUUAGGGGAAUAGAAUAUACAGUUUGUACAGUAUAAAACGCAUUAAGUCUAUGGAAUGUCCCCACAAAACAUGGAAACCAGAAUGUAUGUGUGUGUGUGUGUGUGUGUGUGUGUGUGUGUGUGUGUGUGUGUGUGUGUGUGUGUGUGUGUGUGUGUGUGUGUGUGUGUGAGCAUGAGGAGUGGGUUUAAACUGAGCAUAACACCGAGCAUGAGGAGUGUGUUUUUAUGUCGCAGAUCAGUCCUGUGGCCACUGCUUGCACAUUUCUUUUUCCAAAAAAGAGACCUGUCAGCUCUUAGUCUAUAAAUCGGUGUGGAAGUGUGGUUGUAAAUGAUCCAAGUUUGUGACUUUUUUAAAUGUUACUGCCAUAAACCAGAAUGAUUUACAGAAAUUCAGUUUGCCCCUGAUUGACUUAGCAUGCAAACAAUGAACAGGAGGCUCUCAGGCCUAUCAGGACAAAUCUGUGUACAUGAAUCCAUAAAUUGUUGCAUUCAAUGGGCAACUUAUGUAUCAAUGGGCUAUCUGCACAAACAAGAAUUAGAUUGUCAUCAGCAUUUGAAGUCUGAAAUAUACAGUGUAGAUCCUACUUUCAAAAACUGCAGCCCAGUAACUUUUUAUGUUAAUUUGCUAUUAUUGAAUAACUUUUAGACAACAAGACAAAUGCAAAUGCCCUGCAUAGUAAAAAUUCAUUCUGGAGUUUUAAUACAUUUUAUUUAAAGCGCCUUUAAAGUCACCCAAGGACACUGUACAGUAAGAUAAAAUUAAGACAUAAAACAACAUGAGAAAAUUAUAAAAGCAGAUAAAAUGACAAUAACAUAAGUGAUAGAUUCAACAAAGAAAGCAGAAUACAGAGACAGUACAUGUAUACUAUACACUUAGUAACAUAACUAAUACAUACAAAAAGAGACAAGCUUGGUAAUGAAAUAAAAAUAAAAUAUAGAUAUUAAGAUGUGAAUUAGAGGAACAAGAAAGAAGGUAGUGGUGCCACUAUGAGUAUGUAGAAAAAGCAAGAGUGAAAAGAUGAGUUUUUAGCAUGGAUUUAAAUGUGGACAAUGAAGUGCUUUGCCGUAAUGCAAGUGGGAGGGAAUUCCAGAGUUUGGGACCAGCCACACUAAAAGCCCCGUCACCCAUGGAACGGAGGUGGGAAGUAGGAGUGGAUAGGAGAUGGGCAUCAGCAGAGCGUAGGUUACGUGUUGGUUGGUAAGGGGUCAAGAGGUUUGAAAGAUAACAGGGUGCAAGAUUAUGUUGGGCUUUGAAAACAAGAAGGAUGAUUUUGAAUUGAAUACGGUAGUUUACAGGGAGCCAAUGUAAUUGAUGGAGGAUGGGAGUGAUAUGUUGCCAGGGCCUGGUAUGGGUAAGAACUCUUGCAGCAGAAUUUUGUAUGUAUUGUAACCGGUCUAAUCUCUUAGCUGAGACACCAAAAAGCAGGGCAUUACAGUAGUCAAGUUUGGAGGUUAUGAAGGCAUGUAUGAGAGUUUCAGCAGUGGAAUGAUUUAGGGAUGGGCGAAGUUUCUAAAUGUUUUUGAGGUGGAAGAAAGCCGUUUUAGUGAUGUAUUUGAUAUGGGAGUCAAAGGAAAGGGUAGAGUCAAUUAUGACACCUAGGUUUUUGACUUCAGAGGUUGUGGUGGUGAAAUAGCCAAGGAUGGAUAACUGAGAUUGUUUUAGCUUUUUCAGAACAGAUGGGGUGGCAAUGAGUAUGGCUUCGGUUUUGUCAUGAUUUAAUCAGUGCUUUAAGUGGCCCAAAAGAGGUGCCGGUACAAAAUACUGGCCAUUUGAAACUCGAAAGUCAUUUAUUUUGUCCAAUUGUUUUCCAUUUUGCGGGUGGUAAAACUACUGUGCACGUCGUUCAAAUUAAUUGAAAUUUCGUUCACUUGUAGUUUAGCAAUUAAACUAAAUGUAUAUUACAAUUUCAAGAAUGUUUUUUGCACAUCGCCUGAGGAAAUCCGAAGUUGCGUCAAGAGGAACCAAACUGACAGCCGCGACAGCGGAGAUUAUCACGUACCUACCAAAGGGUAUUGAAUAAAGCUUGCGUCUGACCUGCGAUCAUUCUGGCUGGGUGGGAUGUCAGCCAGCGAGUCCUAGAGUCUAAAACAAGGAGGGCAUAUUAAGUGUUUAUUGUAUUUUCAUUUUAACCGAGCAGCUAUGGUUGCGCGUUUCACACACAAACACACACCUCUCCAGUCCAGAGCACGUUGACACUGACUGACCGACGCGUGCGCUUUUAACUUGUAAACGCAAGGGUGUAUGGGUAAUGUAGUCUUUGCUCUCGGUGGGACGAAUUAGGAAACGUACAUUAAGGGCGCUCUGAAAAGCCGCAGCGCAGCCAAAGGAUUAAAUUAAACCUCUGAUUUUUAAACAGAUGUGCAAAUGAGCGUUCCGGUACGCUAAAAGCACGUUCUGGGCGCAUGGAGAGGUGGUGGUACGCUCAAGAGCUAUUUUUGGAAGUGGCAGUACUGAGUACCAGGGCGUUCCGGCCCACUUAAAGCACUGGAUUUAAUCUAAGAAAGUUCUGUGUCAUCCAGUUACUUAUGGCAUCGAGACAAGCGACCAGAUUGGAGGGGGGGGAGUGUAUGGGAGGGCUUAGUAUGAAUAUAGAUUUGUGUGUCGUCAAGCAUAGCAGUGAAAAUUUAACCCUCUGGGGUCCGACCAUUUUGGGACACUGUCAGAGGUUCUGACAUGCUCUUACAUUUGGUCUUUUUUCAGUUGCUUUAAACAAAUUAAUGGCAAGUGUCUCAUACCACUGUGUUCAGCACAAACUGGGCUAAAAUAUUAUAUGAGCUACAUGUAUGUACAUUUUUGUAUUUUUGAGAGAAAAAUGUUUAUGCGUGAUUUUAAAAAAAGCAAACUUUAAAAGUCACUGAUAUAAGUCCACAAAACCCAUACUAAACAUGUUUUAACAAGACUUUUCUAAACAGAAUCUAGUAGUCUAGAGUUUUUUCUUUAAAAUGAUGUGAAAAUCAUUCUGCUUACUCAUUCACAUAAACCAAUAUAUUGAUUUAGAAAUUGUAAGACAGUUUUUGUUUAGAGGGGCCGUAUGCGAGAAGGAUUGAUUGACAGCUAGCAAACAAAGGCUCGCAUAAUGAGCUGCAUAAUGAGGGAGGAAUGUUGGGAACUACAGUAAAGAAUGUGAGGACAAAUCUAUACAUGUUUGUUUGAGGUUUAUUAAGAAGUUAACAAUAUAAUAAAAAUAGAGAUGAAGGUCAGUAGGACAUUUUCAGUUUAUUAAGAAACAAACUCAAUUCAAAAACUUAACUUGUAUAAGAAACUGAUAAACAACAGAGCUGCUCAUGUGGCUCAUGUUACCAUAUAACUUUAUGUCAAAAAAGUGUUUUUCCACUUCAUAGUUUUGUACUGAUGAGAGGGAUGCAGACCUGUAAGAGAGUUAUGGACAGCUGUUAGCAUAAAUUGUCCACAGAAAUACCCUUACAUAUAUAACUGAUGGGUAAAUAUCGCUGAUAGUACAUUCAUAUAAACUAUCAUGUACAUCAGGGGUUCUCAACCUUUUACAAGCUGGGCCCCCCCAAAGCAGGUUCAUUGCUGUCGGGCCCCCCUCACACCGAUAGAUAGAUAGAUAGAUAGAUAGAUAGAUAGAUAGAUAGAUAGAUAGAUAGAUAGAUAGAUAGAUAGAUAGAUAGAUAGAUAGAUAGAUAGAUAGAUAGAGCUUCAUACUGUUGUUUGCCAGCACCUCGGCACACACGGCACACUGAGGUCUCAUUUCAGCCGUGACUGUAAACCUAAACUGCAGGAAUGCCUCAUCCAUUUUUGUUAUGUGUUUUCAAUAUUAAAGUUUAGGCAUUAUGUAAGUGUUUGUGUGUGUGGCUAUGUUGAGAGACGUAUCGGGGGACAGGGGCUAAUCAGCGGGACUUAGGCACAAUCUAUAAUAAAACCAACAAAAUAAUUAUUUUGCAGACAAUUCAGAUUUUAUUUUAAUACAUAACGAUUGUAGUCUUUCGUGUAGCAGUUUAAAAAAAAAUGCUGGCUAGGGCUGAGAUUUGAUCUAAUCUUAAAAAAAAUGUGGGAUUAGUCUUUAAAAAGACUGUUCGGGUUUUGUUGUAAAGGACGGGAACGGCGGCGGCCAGCAAAAUCUUCAUUUGCUGCCUGGACGCGGAGGGGUGUGUGUCUCCUCUCUGCUCUGAUUGCAGCUUUUCAAGUAUACUCCCCGCGGCUACACGUGGAUGGCCAAGUUCGCCAAUAUACGCAAUACAAAUUAUUUCUUAUUCAAAUUAUUAGUCUAACAGGCUGUCAGGGCAGCACUGGUUUGGCGACAUUUACAGUACAUUGAGAAACUGACGCGGCCGCCUGCGAGUUUUGGACGGGAGGGGCUCACGGCACUCGCAGGUCUAACUGCAGAGUGAUUCGUGCUUUCGAGUCUCCAAACACCACAAAAGUCUCAAAAACACCAGUAAAAGUCGCUGGAUUUGUCGCUUUUGACAAAAAAAGUUAUGUUUGUGUUAUAAUCAGUGCUUAAAAUGGGGGGAAAAGGUGGAGGUACUCUCUUUGCAUUGUCAAAUCAUGACAUUUUUACAGUGAAAAACAACAACUUUAUUGUUAUUAAUUAACAAUAUAAAUGUAUUUAAUAGGGCUGUCAAAAUUAAUGCGUAAAUAACGCGUUAACGCAAAUUCAUUUUAACGCAACUAAUUUCAUUAACGCCGAUUAACGCAACGCGUAAUUUCUGUUUGACCCUUGGUCCAGCCCAUAGUUGACAUCUGAAGCGCGUGCACACAGACGCGCGAGUGCGCGACCCAGAUAUAUAGACAUCUACACAAAAUUAAAGUUUUACAAAUAUCUGCUUUCAUAAGAAUUCACGCAGGUAGGAUCUAUAAUCUGUUAUGUCUUAAGUAAAUGUUUGGUUAAAUGUUGGGUAAAAAUAUCUGAUGUGUAACAUUAUAUUAGAUCACUUCGAUUUUAAGCAGUCUGUCACAAUGUCAAUCAAACAAAAGAAAAAAAGUUUAACAUAUAUUGAUGAUGUUUUUGCUUUGUGUGUGCUAAAUCUUAUAGUUUUAUCAGUGAUUUUAAGGUAUUGAUGGGUAAUUUAAUGUAUGGAUGUGGUAAUUUAACUUUGCUGACUCUUUCAACUUCAAACAGGUGUAGUUCUGUCAUAUUUUGUUAUAUUCCACCAAAUCAUGCAUUGUUCUAUGUUUUAAUAGAGAAUGUCAAAAUAUGAACAACUAUUUUUUUGAAAAUUUGCUAAUUUCGACUAAAUUUGACAGCACAUGUCACAAAUGAUGCAGCAUCAAAUAAAAAUGUAGCAAGAAAAUUCUUCUUAAAGGAAAAUGCAUAUACAAAGCAAUGGCUUGAUGGUUCUGUUAAAAAUGUAAACAGGCCGUUGUUAAACAUGUUUGUGUGGGCGCGGCUGCGUGCGUGCGUAUUCUUUACAAAGACAUUUUCUUUUUAGAAGUUGGUCAUUAAUAAACUUAAUAGUCUUGAAGUUUGUUAAGAUGGUGUACAACAAUUGCAUCUAGAUGUUAAACAACCAAGAAAACAGCCCUGGGGCCUAUACCAUGAAGGUAGCUGAACAAACUCGGGGUUACAGGAUUGGUUUUGAGUUGACAAAACCAAACCGAUGCAAUCAGGCUUUAGUGGUCCCAUGAAGCGGGUUAUCAACUUUCUCUGUCAACUCAGGCUUUGAUCUUACUCCACCCGCGCGUGCACAUAAAAGAGUGACGUCGGCACCGAAACAACCAAUCGGAAUAGAAAAUAGAGAGAGCACGUACGAGCAGUGUAUUUUUUUAGCGGGGGAGCAUGAGCUAAUUAUACAAAAUUAUGAAGAUUAUAAAAAUGUAUUUCAAGAGUGAAAUAAUACUGCCUCUACUCUUUUUAAUAUAACAUGUGCAUUAACAUGUACUUCAUUGUAUAAUUUAUUUAGGUACCCAAAGUGAAACAUGUUUUUUUAAGUUAAUUUACAUUGUUAAAUUUGUUAAUAAUCUUACAGGGAAUUUUAUAAAAGCCCUCUUUUAAAGACAUGGUCAGGAAAUGUCCGUGGAACACUAUGAAGCUGUUAAUGUAGCCCUACAGUGCGAGGACCACCUUGCACAUGGUUUGACAAACCGUGUUUUCCCCACCGACCGCAUAUACAAGUAUGUACCACUUCCAAAAAAGCGCAACGCAAUACACAUCAUUUACGGUACAGUAAGGGCACAGAUUUAACGUGAUACAUUUCUUAUGUGAGGCAAGAAGUUUGCAAAGAUAAGAGAUUCCUUCCGUGGAAAAUCUAUAUAUUUCAUACAAAUGACUGGGCAAGGGAAAACUAAAAACUCUAUCUACGAAGUGCUCUUCUAACAAUUUGCGCGGAGACCCCUGAGACUUCUUUCUGCUUCUUUCUCUCUGUUUAAGAUUAAGACUCUCACCCUCCUUUUCUUUUUUUUCUUCUUUUUUUUAAAAUGUGGUAUCAACACGGAAAUAGUGAUUGUUGAAUAUGCCUUAAUGUUUGUAUUUUAAUAUGUUCAAUAAAAAAAUACAAAUAAAUAAAAUUUGCGCGGAGACGCUAGUAGUUACGUCACCUAUAUAUUUCUUUGCUAGCAGCUGAUUGGUCAAACUGCAGUCUCAGAUCUCGAAUCCAGAACAUAACCUGCCCCGGGGCAGGUUAGCUGUGCAGCGUAAGAUACCAUGGCGACGAACACCGAUUAAAGCCGCGCUACUUUCAUGGUACCUAAAACCCAGGGUUGGCGCAAACUAAUCUUAAACUUACCUGGCUAUCCACUUAAACCGGCUUCAUGGUAUAGGCCCCUGAUCUUGUCUUUUCAGUCACAUUUCGAUAUGGUUACAAGACAGCAAACAUAGUAAAUAACUUCAUAAGAACACUCAAUCGUGGUUUGAAUGAUUCAGUGAUUUGAACGAAUCGGUUGAGUCAAAGAUUCAAUGUCCCAUUCACAAAUAUCCGUCUUAUUCUUGAUGAAUUGGCCUGUAUUUUCGCGCUCACCAGUCCAAACACAUUUUAAUUUUUUUUCAGGAGUUAUGUAUAUACAAAAUGAUAACUUUUGAUGACAGUAGUUUAGUGAUAAAAGAUGAUUUUUUUCAGAUUUUAUUUUUUGCCUCCCAUCCUGUAGUCACUCGCCCCCCCCCCCCGCGAUAGUGUCGGCACCCCACUGGUUAAGAACCACUGAUGUACAUAAACUAAAUUCAGAACAUCUCAUAUCUAAAAAGCUGUUUUCAGAUGCACAUCCUCUUAUCGUCUAGCUUCUGUUUUAAACGCGUUUCUGUAAGCAUGUAUGAACUUUAAAAACACAUCGCAUAUGGCGUCCAUGUGGGCGAGCUCGCGUCUCCGUGUAACACGGCGCUCAUAAAAACGGUGUCUGUAUGGAAUUGCCUUGCAUGUAAACAAUAUGGAAUCAUUUUACAGCAAAUCCCGCAGUGCAGCAUUACUCAAAGUUGCCAUGAAGGAUACGAAAGUGAAUAACUGUGUCUAACACUGUACAACAUGUAACAGAUAUCCGCCAUUACAGGAGGUCACGCGUACUCGUUUGUAAAUAAGCAUGUAAACAUGGAAUCAUAUUACAGCAUACACUUAAAAGAUACAGUGCAUCCUUACUGAAAGUUGCCAUGAAGGUUAUAAGUGAAUAACUGUGUUUAACACUGUACAGCAUGCAACAGUGAAAUCCGCCAUUACGUGAGAUCGCGUCCUCGUUUGUAAAUAAGCAUGUAAACAUGGAAUCAUAUUAUAGCACACACUUAAAAGAUACAGCAGUGCAGGCUUACUGAAAGUUGCCAUGGAGGAUAUAAGUGAAUAACUGUGUUUAACACUGUACAGCAUGCAACAGUGAAAUCCGCCAUUACGUGAGAUCGCGUCCUCGUUUGUAAACAAUGCGAAACUUUUUCCAUCCGAAGCGUGCAGUCUGCUGAUGCUUACUGUGUGUAGGCUGAACUGCACAAGCCAUGAGCAUAUUACAUGAUAGCAAAUAUAAAUAGUAUAAAUUAACUGUUACUUACUUCCAAUAUCCUCCUGCAGUGCGUCCUCCAUUGUUCUUCUUCUUAGGUAACGUUAAAGAUAAAUGCUUCUCUUCCUCAAUGUCCAGACAUAAAUGAAGAUCUUCACGUGUGUGUGUAUAAAGUUUAUAAUCCAGACAUGCGGUAAAGUCUUUAAAUCUGAACUUAAAUCAAACUUUAC